CGAUGCAGAGAGCAGACGGGAUGGACUGCGUAUAGCGUCAAACCUCCAGAAUCCAAAUUCUCUCUCUCUUCUCUCUCGUCCACCCAUCACAUCCUCCUCCUCUCCUCCUCCUCCUCCCACCGCGAGCAGCUGCGUCUCUCCAGCCUUUCCCUGACGCCGACUCUCCCAUACUGAUGAGCCCGGGGAGCCACGCACCUCCUCCCGCUUGACGUCGCCUCUCAACCGGUCGCGGUGCCGCCGCUCGUUUGCACGUCUUGCGCAAUAAUUGUGACCGACAAACGCACGGCACGGCACAGCACUGCACGGCACGUAAAGAAACCGGACUCGAGCAGACGCGCACCCGGCUUGCUCACACCUUCGGAAGAAGAGCAAGUUCCAUCCUCCAGGACUGGAGCUUUCCUUGCGGCGAAACGCGGGUGAUGUGACCGUGUGAGCGCACUCCUUCACCGGCAUCGAUCGAUCGAGCUGAUGGCUGAGCCCGGCAGCGUGGACGUGCGGACUCGUCGUCGUCGUCAUCAUCAUCACCACCAGUGAGCAACAUCUGGACCUCCAGGAGCUAUGUCCGACGUGACCAAGCCGUCGUCCGCCUGCAGUCCACGGCAUCGUCCCUCGGUUCCCUCGGUACCUGCCUGGAGCUGAUGCAAGCUUGCUUUUUGGUGUAAAAAAAAAAAAAAAAAAAAAAAAGGCCAUAUAACAGAACCUUCUGGAGAAGCAUUUGGACAGCGGAAUUCGACCCCCUCCUCUUCCCAAUCGACAGCAGAUUGAUUUCUGCUGGAUCAUGCAGAGAUUAUUACUACGGUGAAUAAUAAGGAUGGAUCCGGUUAUGUGCGUUCUGGGGCUGCUGGCGCUGGUCGUGGAGGGCAUCCGUUGCCAAGGAGUGUACGCGCCCCCCACUGUCCGCAUCAUCCACUCAGGGCACGCCUGCAACGUGGAGGAGGAGCGGCACACGGAGCGAGUCUACACCAUCCGAGAGGGCGAGACCCUGGAACUCACCUGCCUGGUGACGGGACAUCCUCGGCCGCAGAUCCGAUGGACCAAGACGGCCGGCAGCGUGUCGGACCGCUUCCAGGACUCCAGCGUCUUCAACGAGACGUUGCACAUCGCCAAAAUCCUGAGGACCCAGGGGGGGCGCUACUACUGCAAGGCUGAGAACGGCCUGGGCUCCCCCGCCAUCAAGUCCAUCCGGGUGGACGUCUACUACCUCGACGACCCGGUGGUGACGGUGCACCAGAGCAUCGGGGAGGCCAAAGAGCAGUUCUACUACGAGAGGACGGUGUUCCUGCGCUGCGUGGCCAACUCCAACCCGCCCGUGCGCUACAGCUGGCACCGCGGCCGAGAGGUCCUGACGCAGGGCUCCGACAAGGGCGUGGAGAUCUACGAGCCCUUUUUCACGCAGCAGGGGGAAACGAAGAUCCUGAAGCUGAAGAACCUGCGGCCGCAGGACUACGCCAACUACAGCUGCAUCGCCUCCGUCAGGAACGUGUGCGGCAUCCCCGACCGCAGCGUCAUCUUCAGGCUCACCAACAAGACAGCGUCCCCGUCCAUCAAGCUGCUGGUGGAAGACCCCAUCGUGGUCAACCCGGGCCAGACGGUGUCACUGGUGUGCAUCACCACCGGCGGCGAGCCUCCGCCGGUCCUCACGUGGGUCAGCGCCAACGACAGCCUGCCGCAGAGGAGCAUGGUGAAGGGGGGCACGCUCACGCUGCCCGCCAUCAGCUCAGACGAGGCGGGCGUCUACAGCUGCGUGGCCAGCAACAACGUGGGCAACCCGGCCAAGAAGUCCACCACCAUCGUCGUGCGAGCGUUGAAAAAGGGUCGCUUCUGGAUCACUCCCGACCCGUACCACAAUGACGACAACAUCCAGAUCGGACGGGAAGUCAAGAUAUCCUGCCAGGUGGAGGCCACGCCGCCCGAGGAGCUGACCUUCAGCUGGCUGAAGAACGGCCGCGCCCUGCGCAGCUCCGAGCGCAUGGUCAUCACGCAGACGGACACGGACAUCUCGCCCGGCACCACCAACCUGGACAUCAUCGACCUCAAGUUCACCGAUUUCGGAACUUACACCUGCGUGGCGGCGUUGAAGGGCGGAGGCAUCCCGGAGAUCAGCAUCGACGUCAACAUCUCCUCCACUACUGUCCCUCCUCUGUUUUUCUCUUUCUUAGUUCCCCCCAACCUGACAGUCCCCCGGGGCAAGUCCCCCCUGGUGGCCCGCGAGGGCGACACCGUGGAGCUGGAGUGCCUUGUUUCAGGGAAGCCCAAGCCCAUCAUCCUGUGGUCGCGGGCCGACAAGGAGGCGGCCAUGCCGGAUGGGAGCGUGCAGACGGAGACAUACGACGGCGUGCUGCGGAUCGUCAACGUGUCGCGCGAGAUGACCGGCUCGUACCGCUGCCAGACCAGCCAGUACAACGGCUUCAACGUCAAGCCCCGGGAGGCGGUGGUGGAGCUCAUCGUGCAAUACCCCCCCACGGUGGAACCGGUGCACACGGAGAUGCGGCAGGGGCUGGGCCGGCCCGUGGUGAUGACCUGUCGGGUUCUGCGAGCGCACCCGUCCCGCGUGCUGCGCUUCGAGUGGCUGCUCUCCAACCGGCUGCUUCACGCCGGCGCCUUCGACGCCCAGCGGGACGAGACCGAGUACACCAUCCGCAGCCUGAACCGCGACGGCUGGGGCGAGUACACCUGCAACGUCAUCAACGAGGCCGGGGCGGGGAAGUGCACCUUUCACGUCACAGGCAAGGCCUACGCUCCCGAGUUCUACUACGACACCUACAGCCCCGUUUGGCAGAACCGGCCCAGAGUCUACGACUUCAAGCUCCAGUGGACCCAGAUGAACCCCAGCGCCGUGGACCGCAUCGUGGCCUACAGGCUGGGCAUCAGACAGAUGGGACAGCAGCGCUGGUGGGAGCAGGAGAUUCCCGUGGACGGAACGAUCAACAAAGGCCAACUCAUGACUCACAACCUGACCGAGCUCAUCAAGCCCGAGUCUUACGAGGUGCGUCUCACGCCCAUCACGCGCUUCGGCGAGGGCGACUCCACGGUGCGGAUCAUCACUUACAGCGCUCCCAUCAACCCUCAUCUACGAGAGUUCCACUGCAGCUUCGAGGAGGAGCCCAUCUGCAUGUUCACGCAGGACAAGAACGACGACUUUGAUUGGACGAGGCACAGCGCCGCCACCCGCGACACCAAGUACACGCCCAACACGGGGCCCAGUGGCGACCGCAGCGGCUCCAAGCAGGGGUUCUACAUGUACAUCGAGACGUCCAGGCCCCGCAAGGAAGGGGAUCAGGCUCGGCUCAUCAGCCCGUUCUUCAACAUCGCACCCAAAAACCCUUACAGCAUCACCAACCCGCCCGCCUACUGCUUCGGCUUCUUCUACCACAUGUACGGCAAACACAUAGGGACACUAAACGCCUUCCUGAAGCAAAAGGGCCAGAUGAACUCGGAUGGCCCCGUGUGGUCGCUAAGCGGCAACCAAGGGGAGCGAUGGAAGCAGGCCAAAGUUAGCGUCCAUCCCACAGCAUCCUUCCAGGUGGUACUCGAGGGAGUCCGAGGACCAGGCAUCGAGGGAGACAUCGCCAUUGACGAUGUCACGCUGGAGGAAGGGGAGUGUCGAGGCCCGCUGCCUGACCGGAACUCCACGGCCCCCCGCACCUGCGUGCAUAUAUGGCUGCUGUGCGUCACCUUGGUGACGACCCUCCUGGAGGGUCAGAGGUGACCCCCCUGGCCGUCAUCUCGAGAGGCAAACAUUCAGACCCUCCGUCUGUGAGCUGUACCCUCGGCAUCCCCGUCACCAAAGAUUCCUGCAUCCCGAAAAAGCAGCAACGACGCCGCCGCCCCGCGGCGGAUCUCUGUUGGGACAGAAUGACAACAAACUGUGAUUAAAAAACUAACUUUCAAGACUACAAAAAACAGAAAAAUAAAUGAAGAUGUGCUAAUUUUUUAGUGGGGGGCGGGGAAAGAGACUUCUUCUACAGAACAGCUCUCCUCGGUGCGGGACUCUUGACGAGCACAAAAGGUGAACUUCAUCGAGGGAGGGGCAGUUUGUAAAGCACAACAACAAUUUUAUGGGAGAAAAUAUCUAAAUAUAUAUAUCUUUGCAAGGCGGCUGAAUAUAGAUGCUGCUGACAUUUUGAGGAGGAAAUGGAAUCAGACCUUUCUCUGUGUAUCUUUAUCUUCAUUUUGCUUGUUUUUCACCGGAGCGCCACACCCCCACCCCUCACCCACCCACUCGACCCUGCGUCAAGUUUUUAUCUGCUUGGUGCUCUACUGAAGAAAUUCAAGACCUCUGGCAACAUUUUCCUUCGGUCUGCUUAAAAGACCACGCCCCUACCCAAGCACCCCCCUACCCGCCACCCCACACACACCCCCCAUGGCUGCCUAUGUAUCUUCUUACACUGUGCUCACGAGUCCAAGUGGCCAAGCGAUGGUACAAUGGCAGAAGGAACGACGCGGAGGAAGCUGCGACACGCUGACCGGUGGGAGGGGUGGGGGGGGGGGGGGGCGGUGGUCCGGCGAAUGAGGCCUAACAUCAAGUCGUGUCGGUCCGUCGGAGACAAAAGAAGCCACUUUUCUUUCUGCCAUGAAAACAAAGUGCCUUCCAGAUUACAACGCCGAAAUCGUGAGCCUGGCUGUCGCGCAGCACGGAACACACAUGCUUCGUCCGAUGGGCUAUUUUCUACACGCGUGUCUCUUUCGCCCCACAAGUGCUGACGGGAUGGCUCAAGCGGAGGAUCGGGUCUUCUGGUUCUGAGGACUGCUUCUGUGCAUCCACGCCUGGGACCGCAAGUUUGGAUUUUUCUUUUUAAUCCCAACGAAGGACAUGAUGGAAUGACUUUUUUUUCUUUUUAAAUAAAACAUUGUCACACAGGGACGAGAGCGACUGCGACGGCGCCUCACUCGUCUCCGCCACCAUUUCUACGACAACAGAGCAAAAGAUGAUGAUAAUAAUAAUAAUGUGGAUAAUAGUCAUGCUAUUUUAUUACUCCAGCGAGAAUGUUUCUCCGCUUUUACACAAACUGUGAAGAUUUGACUGUGUGGACGAUCUACCUGAGACCAUAACCUUAAACAGUGGGGGUUUUUAACAAAUGUAUUGUAAAGAAAAAAACAAAAAUGAAAGAAAACAAGAAAUAUUCUGUUCAUUGUUGCUUAUGACAAAUGCUUUGAGGACUUGUGUCUUGUUUUUUAAUUUUAUUUCCUUUUUUUCUUUCCUUUCUCCUUCUCGUCUCCCUUUGCAUUGCUGAAGCAUCCCAGCCGAUGGAAGCGCGAAGAAGUAAAGCAAUUUGUAUAACUUGUAAAUGUUGAAGAAGCUCUAUUGCAGAGGUUUAUGAUCAGUGUUUUAUGUUGGCGUCCUGCAAGCACAACGGUUUCACUUUAACGUCGCAUUUCUCUGCACCCGGUCGCUUGACUCUCAACGCAAUUUAGUAGGAUUUCUGACAAAAAGCUCCGAACUCGAGCGAAAACCCAGAUCGUCACAAACAUAUGGACGGCAGUUAUGUCCAACGUACAUCAUAUUGUUACGGGUGGUCCUCGGCUUACGAAUGAGUUAUGUUCCGAGACUGUGAUGUCAGUGCAGUUUUCGGGUAAGUCGGGACUUAUACCUAAAUCACUCACACUGUACACAGAACACAGAAGGGACAUUUAAAGUAACCCCUCGUUCAUUGCAGUUAAUUGGUUCCAGAUCCGCCGCACGGUGGCCUCGUGGUUAGCAUGUUGGCCACGGCGUCAGGAGAUCUGGAACAUCUGUGCCCUGCGAUUGGCUGGCAACCAGUCCAGGGCGGACCCUGCCUCUCGCCAAAAGUCAGCUGGGGUAGGCUCCGGCUUACACCUGCCACCCUAGUGAGGAUAAGUGGCAUAGAAAAUAAAUGAAUUAAUGAAUGGUUCCAGACCCGACAGUGAUAAGUGAAUUUCCACAAAGUAGGAUUCCUUACUUAUUUUAGUAGUUAGGGCAUAGAAAACCUGUUUUUAACAUUAUUAGAGCCCCGUAGACAUGAAAUAACACCCCUAUAGUCACCUUUACACUCCUAUUACCCAAUAUAGUAGACAUAAUAAGAGAAAAUCAGACAUAUUACACAUAAAAAAAGACAUAACAUUGAUUCACACAUUAGCAUUGGGAGAGUUCCUGGUUCUAUUUGUGCUGGACAGCAUCAAUGUAACAUUACUGACACCUAGUGACCAGUGUGCGUCUUUUGCGUCUUAUAUUUGUAUUUGACUUCAUUUAGAUGUUUUUAUGCAUGAAAAUGCUUCAUUUAGGCCAAUAACCUUUAAAGAUUUGCUUAAAUAUGCAUAUUUUUUUGACUAACAAUAGGUCGCAGUCAACCAAGAAACAUUGAUAAUUUAUUAAUUUUUUUUUUGAAAAAAUGGGAUAGAGUGAGAUUUAAACUGCAAACUGGCGAGUGGCAACUGUAAUAAAAAGAUUAAUAAAGAUAAGACUUGAUUACUUCUAUCCCUUGCAGGCCUUUCUCCUUGUAGCAGCGCACGGAAUGCAUGACCCCUGUAGCAUUCGUUAGCAUUCAAUCAUCUUUAUCCUUAAAGAGCCGCCAAUAUUGGUGGGCGUGUCUCCUCUCUCGGAGCUUUUUAUGAUGCUCAUUUUCACUUUCAUGGUGAUGUGUUUCCUUUUCUUUGGCGCACUGCUGCUCUGGAAAAAUAAUCACAUGUAUAAGUUUCCCGAUGCGCGUGCUGUGUCACCACUUCUCAAGCGGGUCUGAUGUUUACGAAUCAAGGUGACGUUAUCAAUUCAAUUAUUUACGGAACGCCACAAACCGAGGACCACCUGUGUUCUUAGAAAACAAAAAUUGGGCCCACAAGUUUGUAAUCACAGGAGCACCGUUUUGCAAACAAAAUAGAUGACUUCAAAGAAGUUGGUGCUUUUCGUUAUGAUCUCCUACUAAAUUGGUGUUGCGCUCCUAGCGCAUGGCCGAUGACACAUGUUCAGCAAAUGUAGCCCAGUGGACACGGGAGCAUCAGACCGUGCGCUAUUUAAGGGUCUGUCAGAGUGACAGGAACCUGGUAAACAUGCCGAGCAAAGCAGAGCAGAAUGAUGAGCAUCCUUCACACUAGUAGUAUGGUCGUCAAGACAGUUCAUCCCUUUCUUGUUUUUCCCCGUAAGCUCAUCAUGAAUGUAUGCAUUUACAGUCAUUAUAGAGUAGUCGGCGUCUAUGGCUAUCCUUUGUAGCUAAUGAUAAGUGCCAAAGUGCCCCUUGAACUGUUUUUUUCCUUUGAAAACAACUGCUCCUUUUACAGCCUCACGUCAUUGCAAAAAACAUUGCAUUUUCUUUGGUGUCACUAUUUGUUUACCAGAGGGCUACACCCUUUCAAAAGGCAAUGGACGGGAGGUUAUGGCAGCUUAGCUUAAUGCCACAACAAUGACUAGCUACUAGCCUAAGAAUUUGCGUCUAACGCUGCAUUCAAGACACCUGAGUUCGAAGGAAAUACCACACUUGGAACUUACUGUAUGUUGAAAGUAAAGACAAAUAGCCGACAACUUCCAGAAUCGCAUAUUUAGUUAGCAUGAGAAGUUAGGGGCAUAACGGUACGCCGAAUAACAGCUCAGAAUGUGCCUCGGUUUUAAGGUCAUAGUUCAGUUCUUUUUCAGUUGAGUAAGAAUAAAACACAAUACAGUGGAGCCUCGGUAAGCGUACACCCUGGUUAACGUCGAAAAUGUACGCCAAAAUUGGUUAGCGUACAAUAUGGCGCGUGUCUUGUCGUGUUAUUGAUACACUGCGUGAGUCCAGCUGUGUUCAUGUAUUUAUCACAAAACCUGCUUGUUAGCAGCUUCCAAGUAAUCCACGGAAACAGGAACCAGCUCCGUCGCGCGUUUAUGAUGUCAUCAGCAGGUGGCUCUGUAGCUCUUUGUUAGCCAUAACACUAAUACAGUAAUCCCUUGUUUAUCGCAGUUAAUUGGUUCCAAACGCAACCACAAUAAGUCAAUUUCCGCAAAGUACGACUCAAUAUUAAUAAAUAGAAUAUUUUUAUAUCAUCAGAGCAUAGAAAACCUUUUUAUGACCUUCUAAAUCCGGUUUUUACCAUUAUUACAGCCCUCUAGACACUAAAUAACUAUAGUCACCUUUACACUCGUAUCACCCAAUAUAGUAGACAUAAUAAAAGAAAAUAAGCCAUCUCAGAUUCACACGUUGGCAUUGACAGCAUACUUCCUGUGGUGGCUAUGGUCUCAUCAAUGUAACGCUAGUGACACCUAGAGACCACUGCUGUUUGUGGUUGAAGAGAGGCUAACGAUGCACUUCAAUCUCUUUAUUAACAAGCAGAGAGCACAUGCAGCGAACAUUCACACAGGAGCUGCUGUCGGCCCCUCUCUCCACUGCUAACCUGCUGCUAGCGCUUAGCUAACAGUCAACUCCAGCUAGACUAGCCGACGUCACACACAUCGCUUCCCAGGCCCGCUUUUUAAAGGCGCACACGAGUCACAGACACUGCAUUACACUGCAUAUCAUGUCUUCUGAAUGCGUUGUAUUUUUAUUUUCACUUUCUUUAGUAAUAAUAGGCCGUAGUCAACCACAAAACAGUGAUGACUUACUCAUAAAUUGUUGAAAAAACGCGAUAGAGUGAGGGCGUGAUGUUCGAACGUGAUGUAGCGAGGGAUGACUGUAAUCUUAACACAAAACACGUUUUCGUAGUUUUACAAUUGUAGUUUUACAAAUCCAUGUACGUACACAUACAUGAUGAAUGAAAGGGUUAGAUGAACAUAUAAGGUUACCUUUACCUUCAAGUUUGGCUUUGUGGAAUGGAUGAAUUGGAUUUUCAUGAUUCCUUAUGGGAAAUGACAUUUUGGUUAAAGUACGUUUGCUGGGGCGGAUUAAUGAUGCUAACCAAGGUUCCGCUGGAGACUUUAACAACAGAAGAGGGUUUUCGAGCUCUGCCUUCUGCUUGGCACUACCGCUUGCCGUGGUUCCUCCCCGACAAAGGCACCGUAACGAAGAAUCUGACUCCAUGUAGCGUUACAGCCCUAUUCGCAGGACAUUAACUUCAAUAUGCCACAUGCUAGCAGGUGUUCCGACCACAAACUUUAAAGGAAAAGUGCACUUUUUUUGUAAUUUUGCCCAUCAUCCACAAUCCUUAUGUGACACAUGAACACACGUCUUUUCUGUGCAUUUUAAGGAUAGAAAAACAGCUAAAAGAGGCAGUUGAUUAAGGCACGUAAUGGGACACACCUAUUCCGCCUAGAAAGGCCGCUAUUAAAAGCUGCAACAACAUUUUAUGGUUUUCUAUCCAAGCGGUGAGCAUGUAGUAGCAGGUACAUUCUGCUAUGAUGACAUAAACAAUACUGACAGAAUUUUGCUCAUUUUAAGCAUUAGCGGAACUUCCUUCCUGGGUGCAUUGAUUUCACAUCGCAACAUAGAAGGGAACGCUACACCUAAACUCAAAAACAAAAACACAGCAGCAGUGGCGGCAGCUCCAAUAUGUAGCCUUACCUUUGGCUAGUGGCCUGAGGCAUUGUGAGCAAGUGUGUGGUAGAGCUAGUCUAUAGCCGGCUAGUAGCUAGCCGCCGUGGUGUGGUGGGAGUAACAAUGUUAAUAAAAAUAAUAAUAAUAAUGUUGCUGUAGCUUGGUUAAUAUGCAGCUCACAUUAUGGAAAUGCAGCGUUGUUGGUGCAUUUUGGAGGUUUUUUCAGAAGACUUUCUAGGCGGAAUAGGUGUGUCCUGUUACGUGCAUUCUUAGCUGCCUCUUUUUUAGCUGUUUUUAUAUCUUUAGAAGGCACAGAAAAGAGAAAGACGUGUGUUCAUGUCUCACAUGAGAAUUGAGAAGAGAGAUGAAAAGAGAUGAUGGACAACAGUCCCCAAAAAGUGCAUUUUUCCUUGAAUGUUUUUGCUGUAGGUGAAAGGUAGAAAAUUGCUGGGUGUUGGCUUGUACACGCAGUAUUUGCACCAACCGGGCUUAAAGCUCUUAAUAUACCUGUAAAUUGCUGUACUUUGCAAAGAUAUAAUGUGUGGAUUAUAGCCUGAGCUGGAAAGGAUUACCAGGUUUGGAAUACAUAAGACACUCUUAUUGGCCCUACCGUGGUUGGCGAGAGACGUCUCUGGGUUUGACUCCUGCGAAGGCUUUGUAAGCUAACAAGGACAAAGGGGGCUGCAGAGUUGAAGCUUUUGACAUCUGUUUGGUUUUGCAGCUCGCGGUUUAUGUGUCGGAAUGCUCGAUUGUGUUUUCAUCAGUCAUAUUGUGCCUGAGCCCGAGGCGUUUCAUAUGCGUCGUUGUUUCCAAAACAACACUAAGGACAGCAACGAAAGCAACAAGGCAGGUGUUAAUGCCUCUUUGGGAACAAUCCUGAUAAGCUGCUGGGGUCAGCUGUGCACCAGUCGCAACGCUAAAAGUGGAAAUUGCUUUCUUUUUUGUUGUUGCAAUCCUGCAAAGAAUGCAUGACACUAAUUGAUUUUGUGUUGCGUGAAGAGGAAGAAGAAGAAGAAGGAGGCAGUAGUCAUCUGGUAGGUGGGCGGAGGGACGCGCUCUGCAGACAGGAAUAGCAUUUCUUUAUGAAGGCGCUUAAUUUCUCACACGCUUCACUCAGUAGCUUUGUCAAAGAUUAAUUGGACAAGUUAAUUAAAUAUUAGCGCUGUGGACGAUGAAGAAAUAUAUAUUUUUCUACAAUGCAUCUAACAUUCUCUUAGAGGGUUCCAGCUUUGAUGAAUGAAUGACUAAGUAGUUGCUGAGGGAUCUAUGCAGUGUUUUUCAUGACAGCACCAUGAGAAUGAAGGUAAUGUUGCACUGAAAGCUUUUGGAUGCAAACCAAACUGCGUUGCCAAAUGAGCAUAAUUCCACGGACACUGUAAAGUCUAAUUAGGAGGUGUGUGGCGCUACGCCACAAGGAUGGUUCGGUACGCGUUGGUUUUAAGGCGACGCUUCAGUUCAUUUUGAGCAGAGUAAGGGAAUCAAAUGGAAAAGAAAAAAAACGCUUAGCUUUUGUGUGAAACAGAUUUAGUGAUUUGUGUGUGCUGGCAGGUCAGAAAAAUUCUCAGUUAAAAGUUAAGUUAAAAUCAUUUGCAAAAAAAAGAAAAUAAUACAUAAUAAGAUAAGAUAAGAUAAUAUGUAUCAUUUUUACACGCUAAUGCCUCGUCACUUCACGCUUCAAAUUCCACAGCUUCACUCCAUCAAAUAUAUUCCUUACUAAAUCAUGCUGUUUCAUGAUUGAAUAUUGUCUAUUAUUUGUCAAAAAUAUGCAUUUUAAGCAAAUGUUAUGUAUUUUCACCUAAAUCAAGCAUGAUAAUGGCAAAAUGAAGCAGAAUACAAAUGGAAGGCAUUUAGAAGACGCAUUCAAUGAGGUUGUGAUGAUAUCUAGUAUUCACACUGGACACUAGGUGUCAGUAAUGUUACUGUAUUUUUGCGCGAGACACACAAGCACCAGACUUGAUCGCCGGCAUAACAUGAUCGCUAGGGAGCUCACCACAGGCACAAUAAUCCCCAACACCGUCUGCUGUUACAACCGUAACCCACGCCGAGCUAGAACUCAACUCUGAAACAUCGACGUCACUUCCUGCAUCCCCCCCCCCCCCCCCCCCCCCACACACACACACACAUUCGGCUCCUCUAGCAACAAAAACACAUUUACAGCAACACACUAGCACGAGUCUUCUUUAUGUCUUAAAUGGCUUACUUUCUGUUAUUAUGUCCACUAUAUUGGGUAAUGGGAGUGUAAAGGUGGCUAUAGGGGUGUUAGUUCACAUCUAGAGGGCUCUAAUCAUGUAAAAGCAUACUUAGAUGGUCGUAAACAGGUUUUCUAUGCUGUAACAAACCAAUUAACCUUGAUAGAGGAGGGAUUACUACUGUAUUUACAGUGCAUAAUAUAUAAUAAAAACGGUGUAAUAACAUAUAAGUACUGUGUAUAGUAAUAAAUAUGUAUUUCACCGGGAAGUCUCCUUAAACAGGAGAGUUGAACAGACAAAAGAUGGUUUUCAAGCUCUGGCCUCUCCUUGGCACUAUCGCUAGCCACGACUCCAAAGGCUGAGCUGAUGUGUAUUUCUUUACCAAGCAGAUGCGUGACUUUUAUCUCUUACACUUCCUGUCUCUCACUCGGCACGCCUCUGUACCGUACGGUAAAAACCCCAUUCCAAACACAUGUGCCAUUAUUUACAUGUCAUAAUUAGAAGGACGCUUGUGAGAUGUGGACAAGUAGGUCAUGCGGUAUCUUUGCAUUGAACUGCAUAAUCCGAUUUUGCCCUAAUUCUUACCAUCCCAUGCUUUGUGGGUCUGUAAAGGCUGCCAACAUUCCCCUCAUUUCUUAUCAACCUAGAAAGGGCUGAGCCACGCUGUGCCAUUCUACCUUUUUUUUAGCCCCUCUGCGUAAGCAUCCACUCAUGUGGCGUAAUUGCAUCUGGUACCCCUCAUUAUCAGCACACACGCCUCUGCGAGCUCCACAUCGGCGCCAAGAGGGCGACGAGUGUUUCAUUCGGGCACGACCAGCCCCGACGGCACUGGCGGCCGCCGUGAUUGUGAGAGGAAAAGUGCUCACGAGGAAGAUUCCAACAGCUCUCCUGCCUGGAAUAUCAACCAAAUUGAUGUUUUGUGUGUCCACGACGCUAUUGCUCUUGUUCCACGCCGACUACCGCGUAAUAACGACCUGUCAAUCUUCUCUGUUUUGUGCUCUAUAUUUAUAUGACCAUCAGGCUUCUUUUUCACUGUACUUCUUUGCUUUUUGUCACAUCAUUUUAGUGCCAUACUUGCAACUAAUGAGAAAAUAAAGAAAACAACCAUUUGAUACGCUACCUUCAAGGAGUUUCUUUGAGCUGGAGUGCAUUUCGAGCUGAAAAAGGGAUUCAAAAAAGGGAUUUGGGCCUUUUUUAGUUCAUGACAGCAGCGGUUUGGAGCCUGAAAAUGCACAAAGAUAGUAUUUUUUUAACAGUUAAACAUACACACAUGAUGAAUGAAAGGGAUAAAUGAAGAUAUCAAGUUUCUUUUACCUUCAUUUUUGGCUUUCUGGAAUGGAUGAACUGGAGGCCCAAAGACAGGACACCCCAUACCCAGAACAACAAUCUGGUGUAUGCUGUCCAAGCAGGCGCGUGGCACAACACGGACGGGCUAACUCUUCAGGUCAAGACUCUGCAGUCUGCCUGCACCUCAGAGAGAAAGAGCACUCUUUUGACAACAAAAAUGUACACAUUCUGGACAGGGAAGAAGGAUGCUUUCAAAGAGUGAGGGAUGCCAUAUCUGGAUGGGGGUCGUGGGUGCAUGGUUGGGUGCACCUUGGUUUCAGAUGGAUCCAUGACCAUCAUUACGGUACAUGUAAUGAAGGUGAUACCACCCAUACCACCUCCUCCUUUAGAGCUUGCACCAAGCUCUCAGACUUGAGCUGCCCUAUCUAGUCUGCCUGGCGUGUGUCCCACCUAGUUUUGAGCAUGAACGGAUGAAGCUUGCUUCUAAAAGAACCUGAACAGUCCAGUUGUGGUCGAUGGAAUGCUCUGAGAAUACCUGGAUGAAUGAGACAGGCAUUACACUCGCAUCUGAACAGCAACAUCACGCUAGCCUAGUCAGCUUAUUCAAUGAGGACAAACAUGAUCAAACUCCCACAUCUGUAGUUGACUGACUUGCGUAUUUUAAGAUGUGUCACGAAGCCUGUUUAUCAUGAAGUGGCGGGCAUACUCAUCUAGCCAGGGUUGGAUCAUGUCCAUAUGGGCGGAGGGUUUUCCUCCAGCGCCUCUUCUCAUGAUCUUUCUCAUGUUUGAUGCUCACAGGCAGGCCCUCGAGACACAUACGAUAAUCCCUUGCCACUUUGCACUUCACACUUUGCGGCUUCACUCGCUAUCACGAUUCUAUCACAAAAAUAAGUGAAUUAGUAAAUCGUGCUGUUUUGUGGUUGAAUACGGCCAAUUAUUAGUUUAAAAAUAUGCAUAUUUAAGCAAAUUGUACAUAUUUUUUGCAUAAAGUAUUUUCAAGCAUAAAAAUGGCUAAAUGAAGUAAAUUGUAAAGCAUUCAGAAGACACACGCAAACUUGUUGUGAUGUUAUGUAGUAUUCUACACUGGCCACUAGGUGUUAGUAAUGUUACCCCUCCCUCCUCCCUCGCUAUAUCGCGGUUGGAAUACCGCUGCCUCACUAUAUCGUGGUUUUUCAAAAAAUAAUGAAUAAAUGAUGGCUGUUUUGUG